CCCUGGUUCCCAGCCCCUUCCUGGUGACCGAGGGGCACCUCAGUUUCUCCAGGUGCAAGCUGUGCCUCAUGACGACCUCACGCACGAUGUUUUAUGGGUCCUCCUCCACCAUGGCUCCACCAUCCAAGAACCGGCUGAAGCGCCAGAGCCGGAUCUUCUCCCAGGUCUUGUACCGGACUCUGAGCUACAAGGACCGGAGCUCAACCUCCUCUUCCCCAGCAGCUGGUGAGGAUGACCCAGCCGAGCUCUCCACCCAGCUCUCAGCCCCUGGUGUCCUGAAGAUCUUUGGGGGCAACAUCUGUGCAGGCACCAACUACAAGAGUGUGUUGGCCACGGGCAGCUCGGGUGCCCGGGAGCUGGUGAAGGAAGCCCUGGAGCGCUACGGGCUGAGCCAGCUCAGCGCCGGGCAGUACGCCCUGUGCGAUGUCAUCGGGAAGUUUGAGGGCCCUGAAAAACGGUGGCAGACAGAAGGGCUGAGGGUCCUGGGUGACCACGAGAAGCCGCUGCUCAUCCAGGACCUCUGGAAGCCCAGGGAGGGCUUCUCGCGGCGGUUGGAGCUUCGCAAGAGGGCAGAGGUGGAGGAACUGGCAGCCAAGGAUGUGGACACCACCACUGCAGGGUCUGACCUGCUGAUGGAGUGGUCUGGAUCGGGCUCGGGAGGUGUCAGCCAGGGAUGGGCAGCGAGUGGUUCCUCACACCUGUAG